AAAAUGUUCAGAAUGUAGGCCAAUAUCCAUCUCGUUCCAUCUUCUCCCACUGCCCGUCAGUGGGCUUCCGAGUGGAAACUUUCCAGCGGAUGCUUCAUAUUUAUACGUCCAGUACCGGUCUCAUUGUUCAAUCUGUGAUAUAGCGUUUCCCAUGAUCGUAACUUUUAUUCUGAAGGCGAAUAUAAACCGGAACUAAUGUUUUUUUAAGCGACUUCCUGCAAAAUGAGAAAAAAAUAAUAACUUCCAGGGUUAUCUUUUCCUCUACCUGCCCUGCGCCUGUUCAUCCCACCGCUGCGGCUGUUUUCUGCAGCGAUGUGGCAAGUGGCCCAACGAGGGGAUAUAAUGGGAUACGAGAAGCUGGAAGAGUUUGUGACAUUUGUUACAGAGACGGUUCCAGAGCUGCUCAGUUUUAGACAGAGAACCCAGCUCAUGUUGGGCUUACGAGCAAAGUUGGUUUUGGAGUUGUGCCGCACGGAGCAGACAGCAGGGCUUCAGAGCCAUCUGGACAGGAUCCACGCUGCAAGAUCACAUCCGGGGAUCCAGACGUGAGUCUUAAGAUAUUCCUCAAUCCUCUGUAAUGAUGUUCUCACUCGAUCUUGUCAGAAUUACAGUACAUUUAUUCAAGAGGUUAUUUCCCCAGUUUUGUUGUGCAGAAGCGGAAGCCUCUAAAUCAAAUUUCCUUGCACUGGUACAAACUCUUAUCCAAGACCCAGUUGAGAGGGAACAUUUCUUCCAGGAAGUGUUUCCUGUAGACUAUGGACCCAAGUAUGACUCUGCCCUGCAAGGAUUAAUGUGGGAGUUUCUCUCCAGGCUGGAGCAGCUCCUUCCAGUACCAGACCUCAAACAGACAGUGUCUUGGCUCAAUGCUGGACCCUCUGUCUUGGAAGAGUGUGUCAACUCUCUAUCUCAGCCUCUGCAGUUGAAGACUCUACUGCAACAUCAUAGAGAACUAGGAUAUUUGGACACCAAUGCAACUUCUUCCUCCUCUGCUGGCGACUGCAUCUUCUCCUCUCUGUCUUUCACUCCGGUAGUGGUGGUGGCCACUAGAAAGACAGACACAGAGAUCAAUCAGAGUUGAUGGAUGGUUGUAUGGACCCAGCCUUAUAUGGUGAAGAGAUGGAAACAGAGUCUGUAGUAGUGACUGAAUAUGCAGAAGUGGAGCUGGGGACCUGUACAUACACCAGAGAGGAAAGGGAGUUUAGUAUAGAAGACUGAGUCACAGAACCAAAGAGACAGUCAGGCUGACUUGAAUGGGGAAGAGCGGGAGAUGGUAGCCAAUGCAAGCGAGGAAGAACGUCAAGAGGGAGAAGUGGAGGUUAUUUGUGAGGAAGUGGGGCAUCCGAACGGAGACGCUGAGCUUGUUUCAGAGAAAACCAGUGCCAUGAACAUAGAGGAAGCCGUUUUCUGCGCAGAGGUGGGGGAUGUGUGUGUGGAUCUGGAGUCAAUGAAUAGAGAGGUGGAAAUGAUUUAUCAGGAGGAGGAGCAUGUUGAACAUCCGGAGUUAGUUGGGCCUAUAUGUGCAGAGAAUACAAUUGACAGACCGUCCAACCACUAUGAGAACCCACAUGAAGAAAAUGAUUUCACAGAGGAGGGGCUUGAGAAGGAUGAGCAGGAGAGAAAUGAAGCUGGUUAUGUCCCCCAAACUGUCACGGAUCAAGGAAGUUCCCAAUGUACGCCACAAGAAGUAAUGAACCAGCCAGAACUGGUCCCAUCCUGUCUGCACCAAAAACCCACAUUAGGGUUCCAGAGACUGGACGUCAGUGUCCUGCCUCUCCAAAUGUCCUCCAACUCUCAACCAUUGAGAAGAAACACAAGACUCCAGAUGAAGACCGUGGGAUCAAGAGGUCCCAAUGGAGGGCAGCUCAAGGCAUUGGAGGAGGCUAAUGGGACCUGCGGUGUCCCUUUAUACCUGUCUCCAGACCCAAGGGAAGACUCUGAAGACCUCAGCGCCACUUCUGACAGCUCCACAAUGAAUGGAAAUAAAGGUGGGACGGUGGAGGCUCCCUCUCUUGUCUUCGCCUGCUCUCAGUCCUCUUUUAACCAUGCUGACGAGGUGAACCUCCGGCAACACCUUAAAGCGCUUCACCCAGAGGAGUACAGAAGGAUGCUUGCUGAAAAUGAAACAGAAACCCCUACAGGGUCUUCCAGCAGCACCGCUCUGAACCCAUGUCUCUCAGACAUUCCCCACACACUGGGGAAGUCUGGCAAGCAUACAUCACACUCCAAAACAUGCUCUGUGUGUGGAAAGACCUUCUCUCGAGCGACAGAUAUGAGGAGACACCAGAGAUCCCACACUGGGGAGCGGCCUUAUAGGUGCACCCAAUGUAGGAAGACUUUCCAGUACUCCUUCGACUUGAAAAGACACCAGCGAAAGGGCCUAGGGUCAAGGCCGUUCCAGUGCUGCGCGUGUGGAGAGGGCUUCGAUCGGGAGGAAGAUCUAAAGACACACUGCAGUGUGGCUCAUUUAGCAGAGUCGCCAGUCUCUGACUGUGGGAUCAAGUUAAACCUCCCAGCAGGCCUUGAGAGUGAGCAGUGUCCCAGCGAAGAGGGUGAACACAAAUGUCCAGAAUGUGACAUGUCUUUCAGUCAGAUAUCCCAAAUGAAGCGACACCAGCUGAUUCAUUCCGGUGGUGACCCGCUGCAGUGCAACCAGUGUUUGAAGAAAUGUCAAAACUCGGAUGCCCUCACAAAACACAUGCAAAUGCACAAUGCGCGCGACCAUUCCAGUGUUCAAUAUGCAACAUGAACUUCACGCAGCUAGUUUGUCUUAGGCAACACUAUUUGAAUGCUCAUAAGGAAGAGGGUUCAUUUCUGUGUUCCCAUUGUCCUAAAAAUUUCCCAAGGCUAUCGAACUUGAUCAAACACCAGAGAACUCAUACAGGUGAGCGGCCUUACCAGUGCUCUCAUUGUCCAAAGAGAUUCACACAACUACAGAUCUUGACUAGACAUGAGAGAAUUCACACAGGAGAGAGACCAUUUCUUUGCCCUGACUGUGGAAAAGAUUUCUGUCCUCUGGUGAAUUGUCAAAACACCUUCAGUGUCACUCAGAGGAGAGACCCUUCCCUUGUCUGGAGUGUGGAAAGACUUUCAAGGCCAAUCGGUUUUUAAAGAAACACUUACAGA